AUGUGAAGAAUGGACUCCUCAGUGAUGUCUAUUGGAGAUGUACAAAAUGUGCUCUCGGCUAUGCAGAAGAAUUUGGAGUGUGCAAUAUGCUUGGAUGUGGUCAAAGAGCCAGUUUCAACAAAAUGUGAUCAUGUCUUCUGCAGGUUCUGCAUAUUCAAACUCUUCAGCGAAAAGAAAAAAGGUGUGGUAGCGUGUCCUCUGUGCAAGACUGAAGUUACUAAGAGAAGUCUGAAGGAAAAUUCCAGAUUUAAGCAGCUAAUUGAGGCGUUGCUGGAAACUAUCCAUGCGUUUGAGCUUGACACUGGAGUAAAGAUUUUAAACAGUCAUGACCUUCCUAAAACAUCCACGGAAGCCACUGCCGCUGAUUUGCUGUGUAAAGAGCAUUCUGUCAUCCAAAGCAAGGGCUUCAGAAACAGGAAAAAAGGCAUCAAAGGAAAUGGACAAGAAACCUGCACCUUGGAAGCUAAGGUGGAUACACAGCCUGCAGAUACUAGAGUCAAACAGUGUCGCCUAAGAAACAAAACCCAGAAGUGUGACCCUGAAAAGGGGCUUUAUAUUGAGUUUGGCUCUGAUUCAUCUGAAGAGCUUUUUAAACAGCAAAGCAAUGCCAGAUCAGAAGACAAAGCAGGGCUUCACAUUUCUUCUCAAGAACAGAAGAGUGCUGAGGAGGGAAAAGGCUGUUGUCUUAAUGCACAGCCUGACAAGCUGGCUGCUAAAGGAGGAAUUCACCCAGAUAUCCCAGGUGAAAGUGAUUUCUCUAAGGAAGGCUUGAGCAAGAGAAGUACUCGGAGCACCACUGAAUGUGCCAAACCUGUCCAAGUGAAUGUGACCGGAUGCCAGAGCUCUCCUUUAAAUGUGGCAGUAGAGCUGCUCAGGGAGCAGUGCGACAGAGCAGGUCCUGAGAGCCCUCAGAGAGGGGACACAUCUUCCUUUCAAAAGACAGAAGCAGCCAAUGCAGAACAAACUUGGUGCAGUAGCAAAAGCAAAGAGUUUGGCUUAAAAGAUAGCUCAGAGAGCAGUUUGGAUGAAAGCAAAGAACUAGAUAGUGUUGUGAAAAUUGUGGAAAUGUACAAACCUGAGAAUGAUUCUUUCUGUGAAAAUGAACUUGCUCUCGAGAAACUACUUCAGCCAGAGAUGCUUCACUGCACUGCCCUGGUUGAAGUCUCUAGGAAGAGACUGAAGAGAAGCAUUGAAAAAGUCAAUGAAUGGUUUUCAAAAAGCAAUGAGUUUCUGACUUCCAGUUCUUCCCAGGAUAAUUCUGCUGGAGCAGCUGUUUUGGACAGUGGAGAUGUGUGUUUGUCUGACAGAGAUUCCUGUAUUUCAGAAAAGACUGACCCUAUGGAAAUUGCAGUGGAUGAAGGAAACAGAGAGUCAAGACCAACGGCAGGUAGCAUCAAAGACAAAAUAUUUGGGAAAACGUACGAGAGAGAGAGGAAGUCAACUCCCCUUACUAUCUGGAGGGACAUUUUACCUAGUACAAAACAGGAAGUUGUGGGUAGUGCUGAGAAGUGCUUGAAUGAUUCCAGCAAAGACAGACUCAAACGAAAAAGGAAGACUGUUUGUGUCCUGCAGCCUGAGGAUUUCAUCAAGCAAAAAGAUACAGAGUGGGCAGAUGGGAGCCCUCAAAGUGUUAACUGCUGCUUUGGAGGUGCUGAGAAGAAAAGACAUGAUGAAAGAUCUGCUGUUAAUGAGAGUCACCUCUCUGAGAAUAGAGAGGGUAAUGCAGUGGCAGCGCUUGAGGAAGGAGGAGGAUCCAUACAGAAGAAAGCUACUGCAAAGGUGACUGGCAAGCACUGUGACAGAGAGCUAGAACUGAGUAAGUCUGAUCAAAAAAGCACUAAAAAAAGCACUGCAGCAAAAAGAUGCAGGAGUUCUACUAGAGCAAUGUGUGCUCUGCAGUUAGUGCUGGAUAGGAACUCUCUUUCCCCCGAUCCAGCAGAGCCACAGAUCGACAGCUACCCAAGCAGUGAAGAAGCAAGGAAAGUCGAUUGUGAGCAAAGACAAGUCAGGUGCAGCAGGAGGCUUCGGUUACUGUCUGGAGAAAUGACAAAAGAAAUGGGAAAAGGAGCAGUAGUUAAGGGAGCAAGGACCUCUGGCAGUGAUGGUGAAGAGCCUUUUGGUGUCCAAAGCAAUGUGUUAGUUCACACUUCUGAACACAAAGACCUGUGUGAGCCCCAGGGUGUGCUGAGUCACAAGCUACUCCCUGGUCUGCAGGCAGAUAAAAUGCUGGUUAGUCUAAAGAAUUCACCAGAUGCUGAAGAUGCUGGAAGGAGUCUCUUCAAUCCUCCAGCUAUGUGUCAGCGUUCAAACUGUAGUUCUGCACCUGAUGCAGGUGUUCAAGGAGAUGAAAUACAAGGGAGCCCUUUCCUCCUACAGUCUCCAUCAGUGACUGGUGUGCAACCUCCUGACCCAGCUGAAGAGGUGACUGAAUUGUGCAUUCCCCAGAGCAGUGGACAUGAUAUACAAAGUGUUCCAGAGGACUUAAAAACUGAAAAGUUGCCAGUGGCUAAAGCAGCCUGGGAUUUGACUAAGGAAGCUGCAGAUAGUGAGUUAGACACACAGUGCCUGCGAGGUAUAUUUAGGCAGUCCAAACGUCUGUCAUUCAGCCUUUACCCUGCCCUCUCGCAGGGGUGUGCAGCAGAAGGGGCUGCUGCUGAAACUUUAAAGGUAUUGUGUGCUGAUCAGAUAGAAAAUGAGCAUAGUAAACAUUUAAACACAGAAAACUUUCAAGAAGACAAAGCUGCUGAAAGCUUGAGUAGGAUUUGUGAGAAAGAGGAGCUUAAGACCUGUGAUUCUGUUUGUGUUAGUCCUGUGACUUGCUUUGAUGGCAACACUGAAAGUAUGGACAUAGUGGAACAUGAAGAAGAUGUUUCACAGUUUGCAAAUCAAGAGACUCUGACACCAGUAAGAGUGGGUGCAGCUAGGAUUGAAAACGAGAACAGAUUGCCUUUUCACCUCCCUGCUCUCCGUUUUGCAGUGUCAGCUGCUGUAGGGAUAGGAGGUGAGUUGAGGCAGAAUGCAGUCAGAAGUCCCAGCAGUCAGAGUGAUCAGAGCAACGCAGCAGAGCUGCCUUUCAGGACAGCUGCUGCAAAAACAGACGAGGAGAUCUGCUUCAGUUCAGGAAGCAAUCAAGCACACAAGGCCAAAGUUGUUGACAGCAAAGGUCCAGUGCUACAUUCUCAAUCCAGAUCAAUGAUUUCUGCAGCUCCUGAGCAGAGACCUGCUGAAUUCAGAGGUGAAGUCAUUGGGAAAAAAAGUAGCAAAAGAGAACAAAAACCUGUAAAGGGAAAUAAAGGAGAGGCAGCCCAAAGAGGGGGCACAGGACUGCCUGAGUGCUUAGUUCCAGAGGCUCCAGAAGAACUCCUGAAAGGGAAUGGGGGUUUUACACAUUUGUCUGAAACUGCUGAUGGCUUACUGUGCUCUGAUGAUGAUACUGAGGAGAACAGCAGCUUUUCUGAGACUGAUAGGAGAGAGAAAUCUGCUGUGUUUGUAAAAAGAAGUGACUGUGCCCUGAUGAAAGACAUGCACAACAGAAAUGCUGAUUCUGAGAUGAACUCUCAAGGUGUUCAAAGAUCUCGAAGAAGAGUGCAGAAACUGCCAUCUUCAGAUGAGGAAUCUAGUGAGAGUGAAGACUUGCCAUGCUUUCAGACACUAAUAUUUGGCAAAUCAGUAAGCACACCUUUGCAGGACAAUAAACAAGUGGCAUCUGUGGCAGAGUUUUCAGCGAGUCCCAGCAAUGGAAGCCAUGAUGACAGUAACGUGCAGAAAUUGCCCAAAGCUGCCCCAGGUAAUGGGUGCCUUUCACUAAGCCAGGAGUCAGAAUGCUCCAUCAACUUGUUUUCUUCCCAGUCCAACAAUUCUGAAGAAUCAGCUGAUGGAGCACAAGAGCCAAAGAAACUUUCAGCACAAGCCAAUGGACCCAAACAAGUGAACAAUGAGAGUGAGAGUAAGGAAGUUUCUCGAAGUUGCAACGGAAGGCUGAAGAGAAGCAAAACAAACUUCAAAGAUGAAUGCCAAGAAGACCCAAAUGUGGGAGCAAACCUAGCAUCUGGAUAUGACAGUGAAACAAGUAAUGUGGAAGAUUCAUGUGGACUUCUCUCUCAGGGUGAAAUCCUUACCACACAGCAGAAGAAUGCUAUGCAAAAUAACCUGAAAAAACUUCAGGAAGAAAUGGCUGUACUUGAAGCAGUGCUGCAGCAGCAUGGGAGCCAGGACUCUCAGUUUCCACCCGUGCACGGGGAACUGCCACGUUCCAGUAGUAAAGGAACAUUUGGAAUGGAACAAAGGAGUCAAGAAAGAGAAAAUGCAGAUGAGCAGAAAUCUGGGACCAGGCUCAACAGUCCACCUGUUGUAUCAAAUCUCCUUGGAAAUGUGACUGGGAGUCCAAGUAACUCACCGUCCUCUGCAAAGCUGCUUCACCCUGUAACUGCAGCAGCAGCAAAGAGUUCUGCUACAGCUCUGCUUAGCACCCUGAGCUGCACUCAGGAGGGUGAAUCAAAGAGCAGUGUGUGUUUUCCUCUACCUGUUCUGCACAGUGCAACCGGGAAAGAGUGUGCAGCAGUGACUGACAGGAAAGCAAUGUCCAUUGUGGCCUCAGGCCUGAAGCAAAGUGAACGUUUGGUGGUCCAGAAGUUUGCAAGAAAAACUCGGAGCACUUUAUCUGAUCACAUUACUGAAGGAACCACCCAUGUCAUAAUGAAAACAGAUAAGGAGCUUGUGUGUGAGCGGACACUGAAGUAUUUCCUGGGCAUUGCAGGAAGGAAAUGGGUCGUUAGCUACCAAUGGGUGAUUCAGUCUUUUGAAGAAGGAAGGAUACUGGAUGAGGAGAACUUUGAAGUUAGAGGAGAUGUAAUCAACGGGAGAAACCACCAAGGUCCUAAGAGGGCUAGAGAGUCUCUAACUGAGAAGAUCUUUAAAGACUUUGAGAUCUGUUGCUGUGGACCUUUCACUGGUAUGACCACAGAACAUCUGGAAUGGAUGGUGGAGCUUUGUGGUGCCUCUGUUGUGAAGCAACUUCAUCUGUUCACACACACAAAAAACUCCGCUAUUGUGGUUGUGCAGCCAGAUGCUUGGACGGAAAACACGGAUUACAGAGCCAUCCAGCAAAAGAACAGCAUUGCCAUGGUGACUCGAGAGUGGGUGUUGGACAGUGUCGCUUGCUAUGAGUGCCAGGAGUUGGAUGCUUACCUUGUGUCCUGAGGGCGAUCUGCUGGUCUUUAUCCCU